GUCGCGGUUGGCAUGGCUGAGGAGAAUCCGAUCCCUCGGCUAGACGCCUGCUGCGGAUGCAUUCAGCUCAAGCUGGGUGUUCUUAUCCUUUGCGUCCUGCAGAUGAUAGCAUCUGGCUUCAUGAUGCUUCUGAUAGGGUCAUACCUUCUCUUUGGUUACGCGCCUGGAGACAAUCUUCCAAUGCUUGGAGGAGCAUUCACUCUGUUUGCCCUCAUCGUGGUCAUGCUCUUGACAGCAGCAGAGUUUGGCUUUGCUCUGUACGCGUUCAGUGACAUCCGUAAGGCAGAACCUCAGGGAAUCAGAUUCUAUUAUAUUGUGAAGAUUGUAUCCUUCUUCCUAAGCCUGUUUGUGUUCUGCUUGACAAGUGACUGGACUUCGCCCGAAAUUUUGAACUUGUUCAUCUCGUCGAGCAUCAGCUUGUACUGCAUUUGGUGCAUAUGGUCGUUGCAUGAAGCAUUGAUGCUGGGAGGAGAAGCCGCUGCAAAGGCUGGGUUUACUUUGGAGGAGGCCUCGGCCACUUCACCUUUGCUAAAGAAGGUAGCGGAGGAGAAAGAAUCCAAGGGAUCCAUGCAAUCAGCGUAUGUCUGACGGGCCACAUAGUACUAGUCGCCCUUGUAAGUUACCGAAAUGCAAGAGAUGAAAUCUCUCAAGUUUAUUUUUGCAAAGAUACGAUAAAAGUCGUCCCCAGGGACAUAGCAGA